AACUCUGACGGAAUGGAGACAUUCACCCCAAUCAGAGACGACCUUUUCCAAACGUCAUUACAUUUCUCAGAGGAAAAUGUCGUCUUUUACGAAUUGUCCAGAAUCUACAAGUGUAAUGAAAAAUUCUGCCACAACGCAACCACAGAUUGCUCACCCGGCUAUCAUACGCUGUAUCAUGGGAAGUGUCAAUGUGUCUGCCCUGAUCACCUUGACCCUGAGACAAACUGUAAAUCCCAGAUCAACGGACCUUCUACCAGUCUCCAGUGGCCUAAAACACCAAUGGUACUUUAUGGUAAUGAGCGCUGUCCACGAGGGUUUGAACCCGUGCCUGGCAGGUUGUCCGUCAACGUGACUUACGGUCCAAGGCAAGAGCCAGUGCCCGAGUUGUAUUCGGUGAACGGACACGUGAUGACCAUCUUGUUCUGUUCCAAGACUGGACCUGAGAAUCCAGGAGACAUGGACUGGUCAACUUGGCCUGUCGGGGGCGGCUUUUGUUUCGUGAGACCCGUUGGAGUGGAAUGCGGGGGAAUCUUUAAAGAUGGCGGCAUCCAAUUCCUGACCAAAAGUCUGCCCCUCUCCAGCGGUGUCCUCGGAGACAUUCAGAUCAACGGACCGGAAGUGACCAUGAACUUCUGCUGCAAGGAUAAAGAGCAUUUCGGCACGACCAUUGACCUUCCCAACGCUGACCCCUUUCGACUGAUAGACAAAAGUUAUGCCGGCUGCCCAACUGUUCGAGGCAUGAGGAGCACGAGAUCUGUGUUCACGCUCUGGUCUGACAAGUCUCACAAGUUCGGCCCUGCACCUCCUAUGAGUUACUUCUAUUCCAACUCGUUUCUCCAUUACCAGUGCUACUAUCAACCUCCUGUUUAUGGUUGUAACAACGUGGUCAAUCUAACUCUGACCAACAGAUCCGUGACCAUCACUACGCCUGGCUUCGCUGGACACAGAGAACCGAACAGAAGAUGUUUGUAUGACUUCAAUGUUCCUGGAGAUGCGAAACUGAGGCUGACAUUGAAUAAAUUUGACCUUCAUAAAAAUGAUGAAUUUCUGGUAAAGAGAGUUCACCAAUGGCAGGAUCCCUACAAAAUUCCAACCACUGACUGGCCUUACCAAUUAGUAAGUGAGGGGAGUUAUCUCUCAUUGGAGUACUGGGCAUCGUGGGAAGUAACAGACAAAAAUGGAGUUAACUUUACAGUGGAGUUAUUACCAGACUCUGAAAUGUGUUACAAUGUAGAGAUGAAAGGAGCGGACUACUCGGGAAAUAAAUCUGUUGGUGAAACUUACGACGAUUGUGUCCCUUGGACCGAAGCUGCUACCUGCGAAGAUUUUCCAUUUGAUGGAGUCGCAGGCGUUUCCUUGCUGCUGAGUGAAGACAAGUGUCGGAACCCAGAAGGCGCCUUACUUCAGCCGUGGUGUUACACCUACGUCAGAGAUCACAGGUGUCACAAGAGAUACUGCGAUGUUUGUAACCUAUAUACCGCUGUUGACGUCAUCAAAAACUGUGCUGCUCUCCAAGCCUCCAAUCCUGACCUGUGUACGUCUGGCAUUGAAAGAUAUGGAUGCUCGAAAUUUUGUGGAUUAUCGUUAGAGACCUAUGAACGAGCACACUGCCCAGUCCCAGAUCUAUCUAGUGAUACAGUUGUGGCUGGGGAAAAUCGAUCCACCUACUACCAAGGGGAAAGUAUCAAGAUAGCCUGCAGAUCUUCUGGCGAUGUUCUCCACGAACUGACCUGCUCUAAGGACGGCUGGUCUGGCCUGCCAUUCACGUGCAAUGGGUGUCCACUUGGCUGGGCAGAACAUGGCGACCGCUGUUACAAAUACAUCGCUACAUCCGCAACACGACGUGAAGCGGAGAAGAUAUGUAGAUCCUUCGACCCCACCGGUACGCUCUUCGAGAUUCGAUCCCUGGACGACCAGACAGCGAUUCGCACGAUGAGAAACAGCAAUAAAGAUUAUCAGACUGGAAACUGGGUCAGUGGCGAACUCAGGUCCGAAUAUGGACUUUGGCUAUUUGAUACAGGUGACCCUAUGGUGUAUUUUAACUGGUCCACUGCAGCAGAAACGACCAGUCUGAGCUACAAUUGUGUCGAACUGAUAGCUGAGACCCAGGCGCACAAUGAGCAGGGAGGGUGGCGAACUACGAGCUGUGAUGGCACAAACAUGGCGCCCUUCAUCUGUCAGGUGGAUAAUUUAAAAUCGACUGGAUGCAAUGACAGAAUACGAACAUGUCCUGAAGCCAUGGCGAAGUUCCCAGAUUUUUGUCUACACAGCGGCUUUCAAAAAACUGCUUAUGAAAAUUGCAGGCGCUCCUGUGGACUCUGCAGAGAUAAAUCGUUUGCUCAAUGUUUCGACCCAAAUAAUGGCACUACUUACGUAAGGACCUCGUCUGCUUCCGCGGUGAAUGUAGGCCAUGUUAUGAGCUUUGCAUGCAAACCUGGGUUUUACCAGAGUGGCGGUGACUUGAGACGGGUCUGCUCGUCUGACGGCCAUCUUCUAGGAGCAGAGCCCGUUUGUGAAACGACUCCAAGGGCAGUGGACCUGAAAGCUGAUAAGAUUCGACGACGGAAAGAGACUUUGGCUAAGAACAUAGCCAUCCUUCUUGACCAUGAAGGCUACAGAAUACCUUUUGAUGGCAAACUUACUUCCUGGUAUUAUUACUGCAAUACUGAGGGGCAACUUGAUUUCUUCGUUAUGAGGAAGACAGGGUCGACCUAUCAGUAUAUUGGUUCUAACUCCCUACGAUGUCAGCCAAACUGGGUUAUGUCGUAUAGAGUCCCUACAGCCGAGCAGAUCUCUGUUCUCAAGAGCGAUGUAUUUGGCGCUUUCUCGAUCAACGCAACUCUUCUUAGCAUCACAGACUGUGACAGUGCAUCUGUCAAGAUGUUACAACUUCCGGCUAUGAACGUCACUUCCUUACAUGACCUUCAAGACAGUUCAAGGCCUCUGUUCUCUGGGCAGAAGUGUGCGGUGCCGUCACUUGGAGUCAGGGUGGAGCCUUGAGUCACAGACAUGCAUUUCUAAACUUACCAUAUGACCUACUUCACAGAAACACUAUCACGGCCACCCAUUGGCUUCAUUGGAUUUACCUUUAACUUGCUAAUAAUUUGUCCUAUUGAUUGAAUACAGGGAAAUGUUAUUCUUAAAAGCAAAUCAACUGUCAAAUUUCUGCAACCCAUUUAAGAUGUUACAGGAUUUUCGCUGAAAUAAUACAACAAAUUAUUUAUAGAUUGUAUUUAGUAUCAGUUUAAUUUAUUAAAACUAAGAUUUAAUAAGAA